ACACGACGCGUGCUUAAGGUUCCCCGCCCAGUCUUUUCUUUCAUUUGAAUCCGUAUUUUCGUUCGACGAAUCCAAGUUAGGGUUUUCUUUCCAGGUACCUAAAAAACAGCGACAAUGGCAAGAGCCACCCUGAGCCGUCUAUUCUCAUCGAUCUCCGAGCUCUCCAUCCCCAAACCGUCUUUAAGUAGUGUCACAUCAGAGCCAAUGACUCUGUUCGGAUCCACCUCGGCGAGUCGGUUCAUGUGUUGCUCUGCUCAGCAACCUCAAUUGAACCAUCAAGAAAGAAGCAACGAGGAAAAGCGCGAAGCGGUGAAGGAGGAUCCUGAAAUUGAGAAUAAGGAAAAAGAAGAAGAUGAUGAUGAAGAUGGGGAUCAUGUGAAUAAACAGACGGGUGAGGUCGGGGGGCCCAGAGGCCCUGAGCCCACUCGCUACGGUGAUUGGGAACGCAAUGGUCGCUGCUACGACUUUUGAUUCUUUCUUUUCCUUUUACUUUAUAUAUAUACAUUAAGAAUGUUAAAGAGAAGUGUUGUAAUUGUGAGAAUAAAUUCAAACUUUUAUCUGUGGAAUUUCUGGGGUUACUUUUGCCUCUUAUUAUCUCAA